CAGGUCUUUACUUCCGGUUUUGGAACUGGACAAGAAAUUUAUUUCAAACUGCUUUUUAUUUCUUUUUAAAGUUGUCACACACAGCCCCAAAACGUAUCCGACAAAGAGAUCCCGUUUAGAACUCAACAACAAUCACUCUGAAACCUUGGAUUCCAUCAUGGCAGCCGAGGUGGAGAUAGAUGACGCCCUCUAUAGCCGUCAGAGAUAUGUCCUUGGUGAUAAUGCUAUGCAGAGGAUGGCCAAGUCUAAUAUCUUGUUGUACGGACUUGGCGGUCUAGGUGUUGAGAUAGCCAAAAAUAUUGUUCUUGCUGGAAUAAAGAACUUGGUCAUCCAAGACAGCAGUCCCGCCACAUACCAUGACCUGGGGACACAGUUCUUCUUGAAGGAAGAAGAUGUCAAGAAUAAGACAAACAGGGCUGAUGCAAGUUGUGCAAAAAUAGCUGAGCUCAACCCCUACGUCUCUGUGAAGACACUUACUUCUCCUCUCAGCGAAAGUUCAAGUCUUGAUUACAUGAAGGAAUUUCAGUGUGUAAUUUUGACAGAAGCCAGCCUAAGCCUCCAGCUGAAAGUUGAUGCUUUUUGCCGCUCACAGAACCCGCCAAUCAAGUUCAUCGCCGCCGAUGUGUACGGCGUAUUCAGCAGUGCUUUUUGUGAUUUUGGUGAUAAUUUUGAAGUCCUUGACCAGAAUGGUGAGGAACCAAAAGAAGUCUUCAUCUCUGAUAUAACUAAGGCAAAUCCCGGUGUAGUAACAUGUAUAGAGAACUUCAUGCAUGGCUUUGAAGAUGGUGACACUGUCAGAUUCAGAGAGGUGAAUGGAAUGGAUGUCUUGAACGGAAGAACUGCUGUAGUAAAGGUGUUAACACCUGAAACAUUUUCCAUCUGUGAUACGAGCGGUGAUGAGUACGAUGCCUACCAGCAUGGAGGAGUUGUUACCCAAAUAAAGGUCGCUAACACAGUUACAUUUCAAUCUCUGGAAGAGCAAGUUAGAUCUCCAUCCCUGACGACAGCUGAUCUUGCCAAGUUUGAUGCCCCACCCAACAUCCAUCUAAGCUUCCUGACGCUGCAAACAUUCAGGGAGAGAUACAAGCGACUUCCUAAUGCAUGGUGUAAUCAGGAUGCCAAGUCCUUCAUCCAAAUAUCAAAGGAGUUGAAUGAGCAGCAAAGAGAUAAGAUCGAAGCUGAUGAGAGGAUGUUACGGUUUAUGUCCUUCACUAGUAGAGGGCAGUUUGCACCACUCACGGCAGCCCUUGGUGGUAUUGUUGCCCAGGAGGCAUUGAAAGCCUUGACGGGGAAAUUCACCCCUCUUCAACAGUGGUUACACAUCGAUGCAUCUGAAAUCCUCAGUGGAGUUAGCAACUGUGAUAUUUAUUCCUUCCAACCCAGGGAAACAAGGUAUGAUGCCUUACGAGUAUGUAUAGGAGAGGAACUGUGCCAGAGCCUUGCAAACCUUAGACUCUUCAUGGUUGGAUGUGGUGCCAUUGGAUGUGAGAUGAUGAAAAAUUACGCCCUCCUCGGUAUUGGGUCGGGAGACAAUGGUCUUGUGACGAUAACUGACAAUGAUCUGAUUGAAAAGUCUAAUCUGAACCGACAGUUCUUGUUUCGACCACGUCAUAUACAGAAACCAAAGAGUAGUACUGCUGCUUCUUCCACCUUAGAAAUAAACCCAGGUCUACAUUUUGAAGCUCAACAGCACAAGGUGUGCCCACAGACUGAGUACACAGUGUACAAUGAUGAGUUCUUUAUGAAACAGGAUAUUGUGGUCAAUGCAUUAGACAAUCUAGAGGCCAGGAGAUAUAUGGACAGUCGAUGUGUCUCCAAUCAGCGGCCUCUGUUAGAAUCAGGGACCAUGGGUGCCAAGGGUCACGUGCAGGUCAUAGUGCCUCAUCUUACUGAGUCUUAUAGCAGCCAGCGUGAUCCCCCGGAUGAAGAUGUGCCCUAUUGUACCCUGAAGUCUUUCCCUGCUACAAUAGAACAUUGUAUACAAUGGGCAAGAGAUAAGUUCGAGAGUGCCUUUUCACAGAAACCAGCAUAUUUCAAUAAAUUUUGGACAGCCAACUCUGAUCCUUCUGAAGUGGCACAGAAACUGGACAGUGGUCAGAAUUAUGAAGGUGUUGUUCAAGUCAGCAAGACGUUAAUGCACAGGGCAUGCAAAUGGGAGGACUGUGUAGCGUUGUCAAGGAUCAAGUUUGAAAAAUACUUCAAUCACAAGGCAAAGCAGUUAGUACAUGUAUUUCCAUUAGAUACCAAGUUAGUUGAUGGAUCAUUAUUUUGGCAAUCUCCAAAGCGCCCACCAAACCCAAUUCUGUUCAAUUUUUCCAAUCCAUUACACAUGCUGUUUGUGAAGAGUGGAGCAAAACUCUACGCCAGUGUUUACGGUGUCCAGCACACGCAGGAAGACAUGGCAGAUGAACGAAUUGUUGCCAUUCUAAACAAUAUUCCAGUUCCAAAGUUUGUUCCUUCCAGUAAGAAAAUUGAAACGGACGAAGCUGCUUCAAAGCCCGCCAAUGAGUAUGAUAGUAACAGCGGUGAUGAAUUGAAGAUGGCAAGUGCCAGGAUAUCAAAGGCAUUUCAGGGUGGAAAAAAAUCAGUGAUCAGUGGUAUGAAACCUGCAGUGUUUGAAAAGGAUGACGACAGUAAUGGACACAUAGACUUCAUCACCGCUGCUGCAAAUGCCAGGGCAGAGAUGUAUAGUAUAGAGCAGUCAGAUAGACUGAAGGUCAAACGGAUAGCUGGGAGGAUCGUGCCUGCUAUAGCAACGACUACAGCUGCUGUUGCAGGAUUGGUGACAGUCGAACUGAUAAAGGUGGUACAGAAAUGUCCACUAGAGAUGUAUAAGAAUUGUUUCCUGAAUCUAGCAUUGCCUGUGAUUCUGUUCUCCGAACCUGGUGCUGUUGAAAAGUCUGUGAUAAAGGAUGGCUUGACGUUCACACUCUGGGACCAUUGGGAUGUGUACGGUAGCAAGGACUUUACGCUGCAGAAUUUCUUAAAUUAUUUCAAGACCAAGUUUGGUUUAGACACAGCCAUGGUGGUCCAUGGUGUCAAGAUGAUUUAUGUUCCCAUUAUGCCUGGACAUAAGAAACGACUACCUCAAACGAUGCUGAAGCUGAUCAAGUGUCAAGCAACUCGGAAGUAUGUCGAUCUGAUUGUGAGCUUCGAAGACGGCUCGAAUGAGGAGAUUCCAGGGCCGCCUGUUCGAUACUUCCUUGGAGUGUGAACACUGGGAAAGAAUUCAUACUCGGAGUUUCGGACCGAUUAGAACUGGCGCAUAGAUUGUGAGCUUCGAAGACAGCUUAAAUGGGGAGAUUCAAGGGCCACCAGUAAGAUACCUCUUUGGUGUGUGAAUAUUCGUGACCAAUUCACACCGAGUAGUGAACUUCGGAAUGGACUAUAGUAUGGAAUGAAACUUUUGAUGGAGAAAGCUUAUGUUGCUAUCAUAAUGUGCUAUGUUGUUGAUCCAAUGGAUAUAAUUGUGCAGUUUAAAAGAAAUUUUGAAAAUGGUAUCAAAUCUUGGUUUAAUGAAUUUUGAGCUACAUUCUAGUUAUAUUGCACUCGUAGUCAUAGUAAGGGCAUCUCAUUUGCUCUUGACAGUAAAAUAAUUCAUACUGCAAAUGUGGCUCUGUGCCAUCCACAUGUAGUCUUCGUGAAUCGAAUCGAAUUCGAAUUUCUCUCUUCAUGCAUGUCAAAAGUUAUUAUUUUGUACAAUUUCUACGAUGUCUCUGGAAUGAAAAGUGAUCAUGGAUAAUAGAGUAGAAUUGUAUAAUGUCA